GCUAACCAAAACGAACUUACCCAGUGACCAAGUGUUUGGAGCGGUGGAGGCAGAGGACAUCUUGUUGCGAGAAUUGCUAGCAAAAGCUAUAUUGGCUAACCAAACUAAUGACGAUAGUAUACGCAUCUUGACGCAUAUUUGGGGAUAAAAAUAGAACCUUAGCGAAAUAUUAAGCAACGUUAGCUAAUUUCACGGGGAAUUUUGGUCUUGUUGCGGCUGUUAAGCUACGUACUGUGAGUGUAGCUAGCUUGUUUGCUGCCUAGCUAGCCGUAGUCGGGGCCAAGGCGUAGCUAACACUGUCGUUAGCUGGCCAGCCAAGUAGAUAAGUAAACAUCCCACCAAUAUUGGAGCAAGAAUGGCGUUGAAAAGGAUCCAAAAGGAGCUGAAUGACCUGGCUCGUGACCCUCCUGCUCAAUGUUCCGCAGGUCCAGUGGGCGACGACAUGUUUCAUUGGCAAGCCACAAUCAUGGGACCUAAUGACAGUCCAUAUCAGGGGGGGGUUUUCUUCCUGACCAUCCACUUCCCAACGGACUACCCUUUCAAGCCCCCCAAGGUUGCGUUCACCACAAGAAUUUACCACCCAAAUAUUAACAGUAAUGGCAGCAUAUGUCUGGAUAUUCUCAGGUCACAGUGGUCCCCAGCAUUAACUAUAUCUAAAGUGCUUCUGUCCAUCUGUUCUCUGUUAUGUGAUCCGAACCCUGAUGACCCCCUGGUGCCAGAGAUUGCACGAAUCUAUAAAACAGACAGUCCAAAGUACAAUAGACUAGCUCGUGAGUGGACAGAGAAGUACGCCAUGCUGUAGGAUACAACAGAUUAGCAAAAGAAUGGACGCAGAAAUACGCCAUGUGAUGAACGCUCUCGCAUGACACCUGAAGGAGAAUGUUGUAGCUGGAUUAAACUGAAAUCCCCGGUUUCAUUUUUCUGUUUCUUAAUUUGACCACUUUGCCCCCCCAUUGACAUGCGUGCUCAUAAGAAGAUAGUGUUACCUGCUUGGACAUGACUGUUUCAUUUGAAUUUAAACAUUUUUCAUGUAGAGUUGACCAUGGUUUACCAUUCUAAAUUUGAGUUUUGCACCAAGACGAGACCCUGGCUGCCUUGAGUCUUGAUAGCGUCUUGCUCUGACCACGUAGACUGACCCAUUUGGCCCAUUUCCUUCUCAUAGACCUGGCAGGGUUGUCAGUGUAUGCUUUUCUAAUUCAUAUUAUUAGAUUCCCAUGGCCUGAAAAAAAACAAGAAGUCAUACAACCUGUGCGAACCGAAAAAAAACUGCAGUCCGUGUCAACAUCCAAAGUUAGGAAAAUAAGAAUUUAAUGUUGUAUUUUAUGCAUGUUAAUAAAGGUAUAUAUUCAAUAUGUUGUACAAGUGAAAUGGGCAGGCGGGCUGAUGGAAGUAAGGGCAGUUGGAAACUGGAUCCAGUUUAAGGCUUUUUAUUCAUUUCUUUUUCAUGGUUUUAGAGUGAGAGCUAUUAUAGUUUAUACCACCCCCCCCCCCAACACUGUCUUCUUGUAGCCCUGAAAUAUGAUGCAGAGCUAACUGUUGAUGAUCAACUUGUAACUCUGUUUCGUUUUAAUUUCCCCCCCAAUAAAGUUGCUUAAAUCAUA